UCGCCAUAUUAGUCAACUUGGGCCGGGCUUGUCAGAAAAAUUUCAUUACUUCGAAGAACGACUUUGAAAACCGAAGAUAUCGGGUUAUAUUGUGCAUUUUUCGUUUAGAUCUCUUGAACGGUUGUCGGGCAGGCAGAGAGCAGGAAUGAGGAGUCUGGUAGGACCUGUUCUACUGCAUAUGUGCUGGCUGGCCUACCUGGCCUCAGCACAGGUGAAUGAGAACACAGCGAUGGCCAAACAAUGCCAGGCGCAGGAGACGUGUGGGGCGUGUAUAGCGGAGUCCCAGCACUGUGCCUGGUGCACACAGGAUGGUUUUGACAAGAACAACCAAGCCCGGUGUGACCUGUACACCAGCCUGGUCAGCAAAGGUUGUGACCCCAGCUACAUCAUGAACCCAGACAACGAUGUCAAGUACACCAAGAACAACAAACUGCAGGACUCGGACAGUUUUGAUCAAGCUGUGCAAAUUAAGCCUCAGAGAGUUACCCUGAAAAUCAGACCAAACAAACCAGCCAGCUUCAAGGUGACCUUCAGACAGGCUGAGAACUACCCUGUGGAUCUCUACUACUUGAUGGACUUGUCAAAUUCUAUGGCUGAUGACAAAGAUAAUCUGGCCCGACUUGGUGUUUUGAUUGCCAGAAACAUGUCGGCCAUCACCAAAGAUUUUCAGCUGGGUUUUGGAUCAUUUGUUGACAAAGUCACCAUGCCUUAUGUCAGCACCAUCAAGAGCAAACUGCUGAAGCCAUGUAAAGAAUGUGCUGCUCCGUACGGCUUCAAGCAUAACCUGGCUCUGAACAAGAGCCCCAACAUUUUCCAGAGUAACGUAAUGGCAGCCCCCAUAUCCGGUAAUCUCGAUUCUCCAGAGGGCGGUUUUGAUGCCAUGAUCCAGGCCAUUGUCUGCAAGGAAAUAGGUUGGCGCAAUCCUUCCAGGAAGAUGCUACUUUUCUCCACUGAUGCAGGCUUUCAUUUCGCAGGCGAUGGAAAGUUGGGAGGCAUUGUAAAGCCCAAUGAUGGAAAAUGCCACUUGGAUUCUGAUGGAUACUACACCGAAAGCACUAAUCAGGAUUAUCCGUCCAUCAGUCAGCUGGCAGCCAAGAUCAGUGAGGAGAAUGUGAAUGUAAUUUUUGCUGUCACUGAAGGUCAGUUUCCCACGUACAAGAGACUCAGCAAGUACAUUGAGGGUUCAGUGGCUGGAGUUCUGGCCAACGACUCCUCCAACAUCGUGGACCUGGUGCAGAAAAACUAUAAUCUCAUCACAUCUAAAGUCAAACUCCUCACAGAAAAUGCUGAAGGCAUCACAGUUACAAUCAAGUCCAAGUGUAAAAACCCUAAUGGUGACCUGAAAGAAACCAGUGUAUGCGAGGAUUUGAAGAUAGGAGAGAGCGUUGAGUUUGACGUGUCUGUGGAGGUGAAGGAGUGCCCCGCUGACGAGAAAGUCCGUACAUUCACUAUUUCCCCGGUGGGACUGACUGAGAAACUCACCGUGAAGCUUGACCUUAUCUGCCAGUGUGAAUGUCAGAAAUCCGGGAUUCCCAACAGUCCAUUCUGUAAUGGCACGGGUACAUACGAGUGUGGUAGCUGUGCGUGUCCAGAAGGGCGGUAUGGCAAGUACUGCGAGUGUGACGGCUCUGAGGUAUCCAGUGAGCAGUCUGACGCCAGGUGUAUUAGAAAGAACACGACAAGCAUUUGUAUGGGUAGAGGAGAGUGUGUAUGCGGGGAAUGUAAGUGUUUUGCCCGCACACCAAAGUCUGAUAACAAAUUCAGCGGGAAGUUCUGCGAAUGUGACGAUUAUUCCUGCUACUCUGUUGACGGGAAAAAACUGUGCGGGGGCCCAGAACAGGGGGUGUGUAAAUGUGGGAAAUGUCUCUGCCAGCCAGGCUUCACUGGGGACGCCUGUGAUUGCCCCUUGAGCAACGCCACCUGUAUAGCACCCAGCAGUGGGCUGUACUGUAAUGGUAAUGGAGAGUGUGCAUGUGGGAAGUGUAGAUGUAAAGCCAAGUACAGAGGACCCACCUGUGAGGAGUGCCCGACUUGCCUGGGACGGUGUGCUGACAACAGAGACUGUGUCCAGUGUAAGGCCUUCCAGACAGGCCCCAAGACCAAGGAAGAGUGUGAUGCCCAGUGUCAGAAUAUAGAAAUGGUGGAUGAGGCGAAAGUGGAGCACCCUAACAUGACUCGGUGUCAGUUUAAAGAUGAGGAUGAUUGUACCUUCUAUUUCACAUACGAGUACAAAUCAUCAACAGAGCUCAUUAUCAAGGCCCAGAGAACUAAAGUGUGUCCUGAGGGAGUGAACGUGCUGGCCAUUGUGCUGGGUGUGAUUGGAGGGAUCGUGGCAGUGGGCCUGGCCCUGCUGCUCAUCUGGAAACUGCUCACCAUGAUCCACGACCGGAGGGAGUUUGCAAAGUUUGAGAAGGAGAGGAAAAAUGCCAAAUGGGAUACGGGUGAAAAUCCAAUUUACAAGCAAGCAACAUCAACGUUUAAAAACCCAACAUAUGCUGGGAAGAACUGAGGAAUGGAAUAGUGUGUAUCUGAGGAGUGUGAGUGAUAUAGUAGGAAGAAGAUUGCAGCCAGCCAGAUUUACCAAGUGCCUGGAGACUUCAUCAAGACCAAAAACUCCAUUAUCCAGCUGUCUGUUUCUCUGUAUCAAUGGGGUGUGGUAUUCAUGGUUAGGGAGACCGUUGUUGGAGCAUCUCCAUGGCAACAAAGGACACACUUUUGUUCGUCCAAUCAGCUUGAUGGAGUGGCACACAGAGUUACCUUGUGUGUAAAGUCUUGCAUUUUGUGCUUUGUGCCGCAUCAUCAUUGAUGAAGCCAUUUCUCACCAAAGUGCAUCUUCACAGUUUAGGAUGCGAUGUUUUUUAAUAAAUUUACAUUUUAAUGCUAUGGUGCUGGUGUUCUUAAAACCACAUCUCCAAAGAUCUCAAGUUUAGCUGUUUAUAACCAAAAGUGUGUAUUAACACACUAGUGAACCCACGUCUUCAGAUUUUACGCAGUCGCACAGGUACGAGCAUUUUGUGGGUUUAGAAAACGCUGGUGUGUUUGAAUGGUGAUGUAUGAAAUCGUAGUAUCAUCGCUGACAUUAAAGCUUGAUGCUUGAGUUUUGUGCUGUCUUUGAUAAGGAUUUAUUGUGAAUUUUUGAGUGAAUGGGUUGUCAGUGAUGUGUUAGAUGGGUCUGGUUAGCUGUCCAUGAGAAAAAUUAAUGUUACCAACCACGCUUUCCUGCCCUUCUCUGUUCAAAGUCUCAGGCUAAGUAUAUGUUCCACUCUGGAGAGAUUCCGUGAAAACAACUAUUCUCACAGUCACUGGUGUCAGAUGCACGCUGAUUGUCCUUUUCUGUCUUGAAUUUAGUUUAAACUGCUCGAUCAAAUUUAAAUCAGGUUUUAUUGAUUUUGCAUUGAGACUGUAAAGAAAGUAUUAACUUCUGAUAGCAAUAGAAAGGUGGCACACAGAUCAGUUUGUGGCGCUCUCAAAACAUCAAUAUUAAACUGGUAAGCCUAAUAUUCAACUAUUGAAUGCAUCUCUAGUGGAAUUCGCCUUUGAUAAUGAUAAUAUUAAUUAGCAAAUUGUGACUAUUAAUGUCCGGAACAACAUGGACUGCAGAAGUUAGGCUUCUUAACUCUGCUUACCUCUAGACAACGUCCCCAUUUGUCCACUACUGCUAAAGCGAGUCUCGAAAACAUCAUCACUUUCUUGCCUUAUAUGCACUAAAACAUUGCUGCUUCAAAGUGAUAACUUUGCUGAACAGGUGUGUCUUCCAUGUCAAGUCUGUGUAACCCAGAGUUAGACACUGUGGUGCUUUACGUUCGUGUGCUUUUAUUUCCAGUCUCUGUGAGCUUGUUUUGAAAUUUGUAGGGCAGUGAGAAGAUUAAUCUUGUGACAGAGGAAAGUUAAUUCUUUGGUAAUUUGUAAGGGGUUUUGUGCCGUCAGUCACCUUCAAUUCCGUAUUUUGCAGAAAUUAUGUCGUCAGCAGAACAAAUGAAAUGGGAAAACGUUUUAUUACAUUGUAAUGUUGAUCCAAACUUACAGAAGAAUCUCAGAAUUAUCUAACAUGUUACUACCUGUGUGGUUUUCAGCUCGCUUUAAGAUAUGCAUUUAUCAUGAAUUUCCACAUUUCUUUGAUUUAUGGGGGGGGGG